CCUGGUGCACUCCCCGCCCCUGCCCCUGGAUUAGGGCUGGGGCAAACAAGACCCCUCGAACGUGCGCUAGAAAACAUGCAAGCCUCCCUCGCAGCGCUACACGAGCGACUCGAGUCCCUAGAAUCCGGUUCCCAGCCUCACAUCUCCAGCAACCUGCGUAACAGUGCCCACAACUCCAACUCGAGGAACAGGGGCAGGAACGGACAGCCAGCGUCACCCCGCCGGGGAGGGGGAAGACCCUGGGAAGGCUGGGGCAUGUGGGGGAUCGUCUUCCGCCCUGUGGCAGCCCUGGUCCGGCUGGUGCAGAGCACGGCCUGCCUCCUCGCUUCCCCCUCCUCCCCGGGGCUGGCAGUGCUCAGAAGGUUGAUGCUAGAUGCGAGCUUUGUAUUCGUUUUGGCGGCGCUUGUGGUUUGGGGCUGGGGGAGGAGCGGGAUGAGUAGAGAGAGAAUGGGGAGGUUGAUGGC